CGGACCCUAAAACGAAUGAUCAUUUGGAGCACGAUGUUCUAUUGUCAACGGAAGCAUUUUCCUCGGAUAAUAUGCAAUUUUUGACAACUGUAAAACAAUCCAAAAUUAUCAGUGACGAGAUUUUACAAUUUCCGUUACUCCUACAACCACGAGCUCCCGGCAGAAAUUUUGAACAACCCGUUGAAAAAAAUUCUCCAGAAAUAUUGAUACACACGACUCGCCAAAAUAGCGACAAUAAAAAACAAUUUCCCAUCGAUGAGGAGGUUUCAAGCGGGCUUACUUCUUUUGAGUUGUUCUCUACGAACCCAAUUCUAACUUCAACAUUAUGCGAACAGGAUUCUGGUGAAAGCUCUCAUGUCAACGAUGAAGAAUAGAAGCCUGAAGUGGAAAAUUCUUCGGAUUCUGAAUGUUCUUCAUCCAAUGAAUCAAUUCGGCGCACAUCUGAUCAGCCUAAAAAAAAAAUGUUGAAUAUAUCGUUGGGCAUGAAUAGGCCGGGAGUCUCUGCACCAAAUGAUGCAGAUUUGCAUGUAGCAACAUCCGCUACUCCGUCCUAUUCAAAAAAACAUUUCUGUUUUUACUGUCAAAAAUUUCAAGUAAAAAUUGCCCGACAUUUAGAGGCAGUACAUGGAAACGAAGAAGAAGUAAAAAAAUUCACGCGACUUGCCAUAAAAAGUAAAGUAAGAAAGGCAGUAAUUGCAGAAAUUAGGAAGAAGGGGAACCAUCUACACAAUAACGACACUCGCUUUAACACGGGAGAGCUUCUAGUAUGUCGACGGCCGAAUGUAAGAAUGCAAAGAGGGGCUGGAGAUUAUUUGGCUUGCGGAAAUUGUAAAGGUCAGUAUGCAAGGUCGAGUAUCGGACAUCACUUUAGUGAGUGUACAGGAACUUCUGGAAAAUCCGAACACAUUGCGGUGUCAAGUGGAAAAAAGGCAACGGCUCGACUUCAUGAAACUGCCAACGUUUUGGUGCGAAAGUGGAUUUUCCCCUAUCUACGAGAGGAUGCAAUUGUUCGAGGAAUUCGCUAUGAUGAAUUGAUUAUUUUAUAUGCAAAUAAAGAAUGCGAAAAAUACGGUGCACACCAACAUCAUUAUGCGAUGAUAGGCGCCCGUCUCCGCUUGCUUGGACGAUUUUUUGAAGCUAUCAAAGUCUUGAAACCGGCUAUCAAAGUUUUUGCGGAUGUCUACAUACCACGGCACUAUGACAGCGCAAUAGCUGCUGUACGAGUGGUAGCAAAUUUCAAUGAAGAAACCCGUAUGUUCGCACAUCCAGCUGUGGCGUCAAACCUCGGGACCUUAAUUAAAUACUGUGGCGAAAUCUUAAGAUCAGAAAAAAUCAAAACUGAAUUAGCUGCUGAGCAAAAACAAGUCGAGGAUUUCUUAAAAUUAAUGGCGGAAGGUUUCGGUACGAGCAUCAACAGAGCAGUGGCUGAGACUCAGGCGCAAAAUAACCGACGAAAAAAAGUCGUUUUACCGUUAGACGAAGACAUAAAAAAACUUGAUAACUUCAUCAAAUCGGAAAGAACCAAAUAUUUCAACGAAUUGAAGGAAAAAUUCUCAUUCCUCGCAUGGAAAAAACUCGCAGAAGCAACAUUACUUUCGCUGCAAACUUUUAAUCGACGGCGCCCUGGCGAAAUCGAACGAAUUCACGUUCAGGAUUUCGAAACGCAUCAAAACAUCGACAAGGUUGCCAAUAAGGACUCAUAUGAGCGUUUGUCGGGUGAGGGAAAAAAACUGGCAAAAGAAUUCGUACGAUUCGAAAUCCGCGGAAAGAGAGGUAGAGGGGUCCCCGUCCUUGUGGAUAAGAGCGUUUUCGAUUGCAUGCAAUUAUUAUUAGCAUAUCGAGCUGAGGCUGGCGUCGCAGGAAAAAAUCCCCAUUUUUUUGCGCUUCCCUCGAGUAAUGAAGAAUGCUAUCGGUAUUUGCGUGCCUGUAAUUUAAUGCGAGAAUUUUCCCAAAAAUGCGGUGCUUCAAUUCCGAAUACUCUUCGUGGAACACAGCUGCGGAAACAUAUAGCCACCCGUUGCAUACAGCUAAACUUGAAAAGUGGACAAGUCACCAAUCUAGCGAAUUUCUUGGGUCACGAGGAAAAGAUUCACAAAGACAUAUAUCGACAACCGGUUCUUGAAACCGAUAUAAUUGAAAUGUCGAAAAUCUUGAAAAUAGCCCAAGGCCACGACGAUUCGUCUGAUGAAUCUGAGGAAAAUGAAACAGAUAAUUUGAAUAGCCGAGAAGUUCCGAAAAAAAGAAGCCGAUUUCAAGGGUGAAACAAGUUUGGUAUCUGCAACCAAUUCGCGACGGUGGACGACCGAGCAACAAGAAGUGGUUUUGAGUCGUUUCAAAUCGUUGCUAAUGUCAAACAAAAUUCCAUCCGGAAUGGAAAUUGAGAAGAUUUUGAAAAAAGAAAAAUGUCUGCAGAACAGGACGGUUGCGCAAGUGCGUACAUGGCUGCAUGGCCAACGGAAAAAACUGAUUGAGACAGAUGGAUGCAGUAAAAAAAAAAAUUGAGUUUGGAAGAACACGUACUGAAGAAAACGAGAAAAGAAUUUACAGAAUAAGAAUAACUUUACUUUUUUUUCACAUGUACACUUCAUGAAAUUUUCAAGAAUUUUUCCUGUUUGUAUUAGACCGGUGAUAUGUGUUGUUUAAAACGCAAUGAAAAUGUAAUUGUCUUUUGUACGAUAAAGUUGUACAAGACAUGAAAUUUUUCGCAAUAAAAACUUUUCUUUUGAA